GGAAAGACAACCCUGCAGCUAGAACACUUCCUUCGGUCCAGAACUAGAGAGCGAGAGCUUUGUUUCCUGACGGAAGGGGGGGAAAAAAAGCCCGCGAGACCCGGAAGUUGCGCAUCGCGUGCUCGCGCCGGCCUCCUUGGCCGCGGGGUGAGUCCGCGGCGGACUGCCCUUCUUCAAGAUGGCGUCGAAGAUAGGUUCGCGACGGUGGAUGCUGCAGCUGAUCAUGCAGUUGGGUUCGGUGUUGCUCACACGCUGCCCCUUCUGGGGCUGCUUCAGCCAGCUCAUGCUGUACGCUGAGAGGGCCGAGGCGCGCCGGAAGCCCGACAUCCCAGUGCCCUACCUGUACUUCGACAUGGGGGCGGCCGUGCUGUGCGCUAGCUUCAUGUCCUUUGGAGUGAAGCGGCGCUGGUUCGCUCUGGGGGCCGCACUCCAGCUGGCCAUUAGUACCUACGCCGCCUACAUCGGGGGCUACGUCCACUACGGGGACUGGCUGAAGGUCCGUAUGUACUCUCGCACAGUUGCCGUCAUCGGUGGCUUUCUUGUGCUGGCCAGCGGAGCUGGGGAGCUGUACCGUCGGAAACCCCGCAGCCGUUCCCUCCAGUCCACCGGCCAGGUCUUCCUGGGCAUCUACCUCAUCUGCGUGGCCUACUCGCUGCAGCACAGCAAGGAGGACCGGCUGGCGUAUCUGAACCAUCUCCCAGGAGGGGAGCUGAUGAUCCAGCUCUUCUUCGUGCUGUAUGGCGUCCUGGCCCUGGCUUUCCUGUCAGGCUACUACGUGACCCUGGCUGCCCAGAUCUUGGCUGUUCUGCUGCCCCCGGUUAUGCUGCUCAUUGAUGGCAAUGUUGCCUACUGGCAUAACGCGCGGCGUGUUGAGUUCUGGAACCAGAUGAAGCUCCUUGGAGAGAGCGUGGGCAUCUUUGGGGCCGCUGUCAUCCUGGCCACUGACGGCUGAGCUGCACAGCGGGAGUCUGAGAUGGGUGCGGGGAGCCACUGAGGGCUACCCUACCUACAUCCUUGCUGGCCCAGUUAUGUUUAUUUAUGCUUUUUGGUCUAUUUGUUUGAUCACUUGCGUUGUGUGCAUGUGUGUGCGUACGCAUGUGUGUGCGUGUGUUGGUAAGAGGCAGGUCUCUUCCCCAGUUCCUGGGCUUGGGCCUUGGUGGGGUGGGAGCCCUGAUGACUCUGCCUUACAGGUUUCUUUUUCCUGUUUGUUAUGAGGAGAGCUGAGGCCAGCUGCUCCCUUGGGUCUCCUGUCCCAGGGAAGGGAGUAAGGCAGGGCUAGGGUGGGGUACUGAGAGUGGGAGAGAGGAGAACCAGAAGUGAGCCAAUGUGAAAAAUCCCUUUUUGAACCUGGCAGAUGCAGCUAGGCUCUGCAGUGCUUUUGUGAGACUGAGAGUGAGUGAGUGUGCAUGUUGACACGUGGAUCAGGCCCAGGAGGAGCAGAGGGGCCGGGCACCACGGAAGUCAUGUGGGCUCUCAGGGUGUGCCAGGGGCAGAAACAGCACUAGCUGUCACCCACCUUGAGGGUACAGCAGGCCCCAGUUUACUCUGGGGUUUGCAGGGGUGCGACAGGCAGCAGCAACUUCCUGCCUCUGGCCUUCUGUUUCCAGCUCCGUGGUUGGCCUGGUGGGGGUGAGUGCCCUCCCAAACACCAGACCACACAGUCCUCCAAAAAUAAACAUUUUAUAUAGA